GUAUCGAGUCAUCACUUGUGUUAGCGCCUCUUUUUUUAAUUGUUUAUUUUAGAUUUUAUUUCCCUUUUUAAAGCUCUUCUCUGAAGACCAUGUUCUUCUCUGCAAGUGUUCUUCCGACGUCGAAAGCUGAAUUACGCCUCAAACCAAUUCUAAAGUGAAAUCUUCAUAAACUAUCGUCGAGGAUUCGGGAGUAGUGAUCGAUCGAUGCUAGGUCAAAGCCUUAAUGGUUAGUUUCUUUCCUCUUCCUUUCAGCUUUAGAAGUUCAGCUUUUCGUGGAAUCCUUCGUUUCUAGAGGAGAUAGAAGGAUUUUGUGGUUUUCUUCGUUUCCGUAGCUCUACUGGUGGUUUUUUGUUUCAGAUUGAAGAGUUUUUGUGGUUUUGAGAUUUCACCUUCCGCAUAGUUGAGAAAUUUGAUAGAUUAAGUGGUUGAUUUUGAGUUCGUUUGUCUUCUCUGUUCUUAUCUGCUUUGAGCAAUUUCAUUUUCCUCUUCUGAGAUUCUACUCGGUUUCUCGUGGUCAUCCUGCAAGAAAUCUGAUUUUUCCCCCUCCUUUGGAUAUUAGUUCCGAUAGUAAAGCUUCCAAAUUUGCAGAGUCGAUAAAUCUGCAGAAUUGAUGACUAAUUGUCUCACAAAGUUUUGUUAUCUCUAAGAAAUGUCAUAAAAUUUUGAAACAAGAAGUGUCUUAUCAAAUUCAUGUUUUCUCCUGUUUACAAUCUGAAUUUCACAUUCUUUGUUCUCUCUUCCAGAAAAUUAAUGUCUUUAAUGGUUCAGACAUUGUAUUGAACAAUAAAUUCGAGUCUUAAAGACAACCUUCCUCGUCGCUGUCUCGUCUGUGAUCUUCUCUGAGACACAGACAGGGCAUUGGCACUGUUUCCCUGAAAGAUUCCAUCAAAAUUCCUCUCCUCUUGUCUAGCUUCGAAACUCAGUUUUUCUCUUCUCCAGGCCAAAUCUCUUCCUACUAGACUGUAAACUCUGGAAAUCAGUAUAGAUUGUGAACUUUUAGCUGUUGACUAUCUAAUUGAGUGAAAGGGGCCCCAUGGAAUACUGAAUAGACGGUCAUGAUUGAUCAAGAAUAAAGGACGGAUUAGACUUGAACCUUUUGAUUACUUGGGAUAUAGUGUUCAUCAUGUAAUAAGCACAUUUAAGAGAUUGGUUAGGAGCGUUGAUUCGACUGCUCCUAGCCUCCUGCCUCCUGUAACUCAAUCUACUCUCCGCAGACUACGACUACUCAAGAGACAAGGAUUGUGUGGUGUCGCAGAAAAGAAACUAAGAUACAGAGACGUGUGUCUGGAUGGAUAGAGUCUGCUGGCCCUACUUCGACCCCGAGUAUGAAAACUUGAACCUCCGCAUAAAUCCUCCUAGGGUAUCUAUAGACAAUGCAACUUGUAGGGAUUGCACACUGGUUAAGGUAGACAGCAUGAACAAGCCAGGAAUACUACUGGAAGUAGUCCAAGUUCUAACAGAUCUUGAUCUCAUUAUCUCCAAAGCUUACAUCUCUUCCGAUGGCGGAUGGUUUAUGGACGUGUUUCACGUUACUGACCAGCAAGGAAAUAAGGUUACAGAUGAUAGAACCUUCGAACACAUAGAGAAUGCUCUAGGACCAAAGGGUCACAUGAUGACAAAUGGGGUGAAGGCUUGGACAGGGAAGAGGGUGGGUGUGCACUCCCUUGGUGAUCAUACAGCCAUUGAGCUCAUUGGCUGGGAUCGCCCAGGUCUCUUAUCAGAGAUCUCGGCUAUACUCACCAACCUCCACUGCAAUGUGGUUGCUGCUGAAGUAUGGACCCAUAACAUGCAUGUAGCAUGUGUUCUUUAUGUCAACGACGACACCACAGGUCGUGCUGUGGAAGACCCAAUACGAUUGUCAGCAAUGGAGGAGCAGCUCAAGAACAUCCUACGUGGGCGUGAGGAUGACGGGAAAGCAGCUCGCACCAGUUUCUCCAUAGGGUUCACCCAUAUGGACCGCCGUCUCCACCAAAUGAUGUUUGCUGCAAGGGACUAUGAAGAUGGUGGGGUUACAGAAGAGAAGGAUAAUGCAUCUGCAUUCCGGCCAGUUAUCACAGUUGACCGCUGUGAGGACAAGGGGUAUUCAAUGGUGAAUGUUCGAUGCAAAGAUCGGCCAAAACUGUUGUUCGACAUUGUCUGUACACUAACUGACAUGCAGUAUGUUGUCUUUCAUGCCUCCAUCUCAUCCAGUGGCCCUUAUGCACUGCAGGAGUAUUAUAUACGUCAUAUGGAUGGUUGUACACUUGAUACUGAAGGAGAGAAGCAAAGGGUUAUCAAGUGUCUUGAAGCUGCAAUUCAACGAAGAGUAUCUGAGGGUCUGAGCUUUGAGCUGUGUGCAAGGGAUAGAGUGGGAUUGCUGUCUGAAGUAACUAGGAUUUUGCGCGAGAAUGGAUUGACAGUUACUAGAGCAGGUGUGACUACAGUUGGGGAGAAAGCCAUGAAUGUCUUCUAUGUAAGGGACGCCUCUGGGAAUCCUGUAGAUAUGAAAACUAUCGAUGCACUCCGUAAAGAAGUUGGACACACUAUGAUGCUUAAUGUGAAGAAAGUCCCUACAGGCAGUGCUGAGACACCUGAGUCCAGUGGAUGGGGCAAGACAGGCUUCUUCUUUGGGAGUUUGUUUGAGCGAUUCUUGGCUUGAAAACAGUUCCAUUUCGCUCACAUGAAACUUCAAUGAAUGUACAGACCAUACAAUUUGUCCAGGAAAAAAAGGCCAUGUUUAUGCAUAGCUUUAAUGUAGCUUAAAAUAGUACUUGAUUCCUUUCGAUCUCACUAUAUAUUUGUAACGAGGGUUCUUUUCUUUAUAAUCAAUUUAAGAGAAGUGUGAGGAUGACCGGUUAUAACCCUA